CACGUGCGAGCGGCCAUGUUGCAAUUCGACAUGCCCGUCGUCAUCGCGCGCUCGUGAUCGCUUAUGAUCGCGCAGUGAUCGCACGCGUCGCGACGUGGGUACAUCGCCACGAGUAGCACGGAGUAGCGACGUUCGGCCGAAUCGCGAGGAGCUCGGCAUGUCGUUCGGUAGCGGAUUCGGGGCGUCCACGUCGACGCCGGCACCCACGUUCGCAUUCGGCACCACGCCGGCGUCCACGGCGACGCCGGUUAAACCUGUGGCAGGUUUCGGGACUCCUUCCUUUGGAUUUAGUACACCGACGACUUCGACGCCAAGUCUAUUUGGUACGCCGUCGACUCAGACGACAGGAUUUGGUACUGGCACUGGAUUUGGUACUCCAGCGGCCACUGGCUUCGGUAGCGCGUCGACGACGGGUUUUGGAGCCGCGCCUACGUUCGGUGCCACGCCGACUAGUGCCUUUGGCUCGGCACCAGCUUUCGGUAGUACUUCCGCUUCAUCUGCAACCACUGGAUUUGGUACAACUUCGACAUUUGGCAGUGCUCCUGCUUCCACAACCGGUUUCGGUAAUUUUGGAACAGCGGCGACGACGUCAACGUUGAGUUUCGGAGGUUUUGGUGGAUUCGGGACAACUACGACUACGUCUGCACCCAGUCUGUUUGGCGGAUUCGGCACUACGAGCACUCCUUCAACAGGUUUCGGUGCAUCCACAGGUUUCGGAGCGUUUGGAAGUAAACCAAUUACCACCACUAGCACUGGAUUUGGUGGAUUUGGAACAGGAACUGGAUUCACUGGAUUUGGUACUGGACUAACGCAAUCUCAGCAACAACAGCAGCAGCAGCAGCAACAGCCGCCUUCGAACACUGCAUCAGAAGCUCUCUAUAAUGCUGUGUUCAAUUGUCAAUUGUAUAAUGACGAACGAGAUAAUACUAUUGCCAGGUGGAAUCUUAUUCAAGCGUUGUGGGGAACAGGAAAGGCUUAUUAUUCCAUAAAUGCCCCGCCUAUAGAUCUUACUCAAGAAAAUUCAUUAUGUAGAUUCAAAGCCAUUGGUUACAGUCGCAUACCUGAUGCUGACAAUAAUGAUGGUUUAGUGGUACUGUGCUUUAAUAAAAAAGAAAAGGAUGUACAGGAUGGAAAACAGCAAUUAAUAGUAUUUCUUAAUGGUUUAUUGGGGAAUAAACCCAAUCUAACAGUAACUGUCGAUAAUGUAAAAUCAACGGGGGAGAACAAAAGUCAAGUGACGGUAUAUGUAUCGGAAAAAGGAAUAACCGGAUCUUACAGGAAAAUUCCUGCCAAUGAGCUGGUCGCGUACUUAUCGCAAGUUAUGCAAAAGCAACAAUUGGUACAAAACGGAGUCGAAGAUAUAUUUCCACUGGUGAAACUUGAUCCGUCACAGUUAAAAGAGUACCUAGAUAAUCCACCUUGCGCUAUUGAUGCCAGAUUGUGGAAGCAAGCACAGUUAGACAAUCCCAAUCCGGAAUUAUAUAUUCCGGUCCCUAUGGUCGGCUUUCAGCAAGUCAAGCACAGAUUAAAAUGUCAAGAAGAGGAAACCGCUAGGCACAGAGCGUUUCUGGAUAUGGCGGCUGAAAAAAUACAAGGCUUGCAGAGACAGCAUACGGCCACGCAGGCCCGACUUAAGGAACACAGACGUACAUUGUUAGAACUUCAGCACAGGGUUUUGCAGGUGCUGGUACGGCAGGAAAUUACACGUAAAGUUGGAUUAUCCUUACAACCGGAGGAAGAAGUUCUAACACGAAGAUUUGAAGCGAUGCAUUCGCAAAUUAGUGCUCCAACGCAAUAUAAAGGUAGAAUUAGUGAAAUGCUCUCUCAGCUCAGAAUGAGACGGCACAUUGAUAUUCAAAACCAAGAAAGAUAUACGAUGGAUCCUAUAGCGCAGGAUGAUAUUAAAGCGUAUUUAAGUAUGGAGCAGCAAGGCAUGGCGCAGCUCAUUUCGACAAUAAAUGCUGAUUUAGAAAGUUUAAAAAUUAUUAAAGAUGGAAUGUCGGAGCUUUUGAUGAGUCAAAGUAUAUCUUGAGGAUUGUAAUAUAUAAUAAAAUUUUUUUUUAUGUCUAUACAA